AUGAGUGCUCAAGCUCAAAACGUCGCCUCCACUGCUACAGCCAAGGUCGAGACAAUUGUGCGAGAUGGACAGGAAUUCGCCGAAGUCAAGGAGGGGCUGGCUUGCAUAUUAGUUCCCUUUUCGGCAAAAGACGCCGGAGGCAAGGGUGUAGCCGAUCUCGAGGAACAGCAAAAGGUCUUCUAUAACCCCAUACAACAGUUCAACCGCGACUUGACCAUUCUCGCCAUCAAAACCUACGGCCAGGAAACUUUAGCCACCAGACGGUACGGCAAUUCCGAGAGGGUAGCGAAGAGGAAGCGAGAUAAAUCAGAUAACGGCGGCGGCGGCAAUCAGAAGAAGCAAGAGACAGCGCCGGAGGUAGCUGAAGGCGUAGCACCGACAGCCGAUGAGGCUACGACGACUGACGGUGCCGUGUCUGGAGAAGCGGACGCAGCCCUAACCACGGAGCAUAUUCGCGAUGCCGAUAACGGCCAAGAACCCUCAACUAGCCCCAGCAACGGUACCAAUCAACCCGCCGAGGCUCCACCGUCGACUAAAGACCAAGAGCCCGAGUCGAGCGAAACGAAGCGAGACCAUCAACCACAUACCCCCAGAUUCACCAUUCUCGACGCCUUGUCGGCUACGGGGUUGCGGGCCCUCCGUUACGCGCGGGAGCUGCCAUUCGUCACAUCCGUCACCGCAAACGACCUCAGCCCCUCGGCCGUGGAAGCUAUCAAGCGCAACGCAGAGCAUAACGGCGUCGAGUCUACGGUGACUGCCACCUCAGGCGAUGCUCGCGCACACAUGUACGCCUUACUCGCUGAAGAAGCCCCGGACGACCAGGCCAAAAACGCGCACCACCACAGAAGGGGCCGCCCAAAACAGAGCAAGAAAUAUGACGUGAUCGACCUGGAUCCCUACGGAACCGCUGCACCGUUCUUCGACGCAGCGCUCAACGCCGUGCGAGACGACGGCGGUUUGCUCUGUAUCACUUGCACGGACUCGGGAGUCUUCGCAUCCAAUGGAUACCCAGAAAAGACCUUCGCUCUGUACGGCGGCGUUCCCAUGAAGGGGUAUUCUUCUCACGAAGCUGGACUGCGCCUUAUACUCCACGGCCUGGCCACUACGGCAGCAAGGUACGGGUUGGCCAUAGAGCCUCUCCUGAGCCUGUCUAUCGACUACUAUGCUCGGAUCUUCGUCAAAGUCCGGAAAUCCCCCGCCCAGGUCAAGUUCCUGGGAGGGAAGACGAUGAUGGUGUAUAAUUGCGACCACGGCUGCGGGGCGUGGGAGACGCAAGUGUUGGUUCGCAACAGGAAGAUGACGAACAAGUCCGGCACGGGCGUGUUUUACAAGCACGGGCUUGCCCUCGCGCCAACUGCCGACCGCCAAUGCAAGGAAUGCGGCUCGAAGAUGCACCUAGCCGGCCCGAUGUACGGCGGCCCGCUACAUUCCCCAACCUUUAUCACCAAGAUCUUGGAUGAUCUGCCCAACGUACCCGACGACGUCUACGGCACGAAACCGCGGAUAGAGGGGAUGCUGCAGACAGCUCUGGAAGAACAUCUCACGCCCCCGAAAGACGAUCAACAGAGUGGCAAGGAGGAUGUGCUCGCGGCAGUAGAGCCGUACCCGUUCUACUUUCACACGACCAUCCUUGCGGGCGUGGUGCACUGCAACUCGCCCGACGAAGACAGCUUUAGGGGGGCCCUGCGACAUCUGGGCUACCAGGUGACGCGCAGCCACUGCAAGCCCGGGAGUCUGAAGACGGACGCGCCCUGGUCGGUUAUAUGGCACAUCAUGCGAGAAUGGGUCCGCCAGAAGUCGCCGGUGAAGACGGAGAAAAUUACAGAGUAUAGUCCGGCGUAUACUCUGCUCCGGUUAGGCAAGAAAGACGGGGCGCCCCAGGAUAGCGAAGACGACGCGAUCAGCAAGACCGAAGUGGUUUUCGAUCAGGCGCUGGGACGAGACGUGUCGAAGAAGGGCCUCGUCAGAUACCAGCUGAAUCCUAGAGAGAAUUGGGGCCCGUUGAGCAGGGCGAAGGCAAGUUGA